ACCAAAAUAUUAUACUUGUAUAUGUAUUAUAUUAAUAUUUAACCAUAUUAUGAUCUCAGAGUCCAUCCAUUAUAGUCUGGCUCCCAGCCGCAAAAACAAUAAUAAUAUGGCAGUCAGCCUUUUUCGGUGGCUCAUAAGAACCCUUGUAAUUUUUUUUAAAGUUUCCCUUCUUGUUAUUCUGUGAUUAAACCAUGUGACUCUUCGAGGUGUUAUCGCAAUGCGUAGACCGCGGUAGUCUCUACGUUUGUUAUCUUUUAUGUGUCGUUGGAAAAAAAAUGUUUAGAAGUUAGAACUCCCGUUUGGUUAGGUCGUCAUAACUCAUAAUUAAAUCUUGACUUUAUUCGUUAAACGGUAGUAAAACUUAAAUAACUAAUAUAUAAUUUGAGUUGUUGUGCGUUUCCUAAGUAAUAAAUAAUAUUGGUGGUUUAGAAUGGUACGCUAUAAAAAUCGAUAUUUGGUAGUUCAACUAAAUAUUCUAGAAAAUAAUGAUACCCAUCUGAAAAUUACAAAUAAAGAUCUGCAGUUAUCUGUACUAAAUGUUUUGAAAACACUCCAUGGAGAUUUUGGUGUUGGAGCAAUUCAGACAUGUUUUAAAGUUCAUUAUUGUAAUGUAACAAACAAAAUAAUAAUAUUUAAGACAAGACAUGGUCCACAUACAUUACUGUCCUCGGCAAUUCCAUUUGUAAAUAAACUUCAAGAUGGUAUUAAAAUAAAACUAUCAACUAUUUAUACUGGAGCGUCCAUAUUUCAAUGUCAUAAGUUUAUUAAGAAUUUCCAAAAUAAUCUCGUCAGACAAGUAUCUGAUAAAAUAAAUGAGUCAACUGCAGAAAAAAUGUUGUCUUUAUCCGGCGUGUUAAAAUUCAAAAAAACACAAUUAGUGUCCUAAUAAUAUUUAUUUAAAAUCAAUAAUUAUGCCCCAAAAUUUAAAUGUUACUAUAAUUAUAAACAUUUUUUUUUAAGUUACAUUGUUACCUAUAUAAAAAGUUUAAUGUUUUUUUGUGCUAAUUAACCUGUUCGAGGUAUUAUAACCAAGUUAUACAUAAACUAAAUUAUAAUUAUUUUCUGUGUACAAUGAUAACAAUAUAGUGAGUUUCUAGAAGACAUAUUGUCAAGUAUAUGCCAUGGACUACGAUCAACAUCUGUAUACCCUAUUACCAUACAAAAAUGUUUUUUUUUCAUUUAAUUUUAAGGGCUGAGUUCAACUAAAAAAUCAUCUAUAUUCUAAUAUAAUUAUAUUAUUUGUUCAAGUACUUAUUUAGAAAACUCGUCAAGUGAAAUAAUAUAUUUA